UUUCGGUAUUAGAUACAGUGCUUUCUUUGAACCGAUCCGAUUUAAAGCGGUUUAAUUUCGUGGAGAAAUAUGAACCGCGAGUUAGGUUGAAACUCAAUUUGAACGUCUUUGUAUGUAAACGUCGCUGUUUCGAAGGCUCUCUCCAUUGUUGACAUGAAGAAACAUUUUCUAAAAUCAAUAACAAAACCACCACCACCGAUCCUCAACCCACCACAACCACCACCGCAACCAAACCCAUCUUUCUUCCCUCCCACACUCUCCCCCACCCAACACUACACCCACUUCCUCCACUUCCUCAACACUCACCUCACCCCUCCCCUCACCCCACAAACCCUAACCCAUUUCCUCAAAUCAAAGCUCCACCACCACCCUUCUUUCACUCACUACGAUUUCCAUCUCUUCAAUUGGGCUUCAUCCCUCGACACAUUCUCUCACAAUCACACUUCAUAUGAAUGGAUGACACAAACCCUCGCUCUCUCUCAUCGUUUCUCCCUCCUCCGUACCCUCCUUAACUUCAUCUCCUCCAACCCCUGCACCUGCUCCCACGCCAUUUUCUCUUGCCCCAAAACUGAAUCCAUUUUCCGUUUCGCAAUUCAUGCUUACUGUAAAGCUUCCAAAUUCGAUGAUGCACUUUUUGCAUAUAAUUGUAUGCGGAGGUUAAUCGAUGGAAAACCGAGUGUUUCUAUAUGUAAUAUUUUGAUUCAUGGGUUUGUUAAAUCUGGGAGAUUUGAUAGAGCUUUUGAGUUUUACAAUGAGAUGGUUAGGGAUAGAGUUAAGCCGGAUGUUUUUACUUUUAAUAUUUUGAUUAGUGGUUAUUGUAGGAAUUUUAAGUUUAGUUCUGCAUUGGAGAUGUUUGAUGAAAUGCGGAAAAUGGGGUGUCAUCCAAAUGUUGUUACUUUUAAUACUUUGAUUAAAGGGUUGUUUAGGGAACGUAGAGUUGAUGAAGGGAUUGGGAUGGUUUAUGAAAUGAUUGAAUUGGGGUGUCAACUUUCAAAUGUCACUUGUGAGAUUUUGGUUGAUGGGCUUUGUAAGGAAGGUCAGGUUUCGAAGGCGUGUGAGUUGUUAAUGGAGUUAUCUAAGAGAGAGGUUUUGCCUAAAGGGUAUGAUUAUUUUGUUUUGGUGGAAGUUUUGUGUGGGAAUGGAAAUGCUUUAAAAGCUUUGGAGGUUAUUUAUGAGUUGUGGAGUAAAGGUUGUGUUCCUAGCUUGAUUUCUUGUAUUGUGAUGAUUGAUGGUUUGAGGGGAUUAGGAAAGACGGAAGAAGCAAAGAGAUUGGUGGAAAAAAUGCUUAAAGAGGAGGGCAUGGUACUUGAUAUUGUGACUUUUAAUUCUGUUCUUCAAGAUCUUUGCGAUGCGAGAAGGACCGAAGAGGCCAAUAGGUUAAGAUUACUUGCUUUGAGCAAGGGUUUGGAACCCGAUGGCAUGACUUAUAAAAUUCUGGUUAUUGGGUACAGAGGAGAGGGAAAUCGAAUGGAUGGAGAGUUAGUGAUAAAUGAAAUGUUGGAUAAGGGGUUUAUACCUGAUCUUGCUUCAUAUAAUAAGUUAAUGGAUGGACUAUCGAAUUGUCAACGACCGGGGCGUUAUCAUGUGAGCAAAACUGACAGCUGAAAAUGCAAACAAGAUGAGAUUUAACUUGGUUUUCAAGUAUGACUCUUGCUUGGGCUGAGAUGAUUGUGGAAUGAUUGAGAUGUGAGCCUGUAAAAAAAUCAGAUGAUAAAAAAUACCAGUUGUUUUGCACAACAAUGAAGAUAGCUUGCAAGUUCACUUUGAAGAUGGUUGGUGCUUUAAAUUCCCGUCUUUUAAAAAUCAUUUAAUUAUCAAGAUUAUGUUUUCCUGAUGCUAGUGAACAUUGUUAUAGUAAGGAUUCCAAUUGAAUUGAGUUCGUGAUUGGUAUCAUGGCGGGUUUCCCAAAAUCACAGGGAGCCACCGUGAAACCAAACGUGCAAUGAAACUGAUACACAAAGUAUGUGUCUUAUGUUUAAUUUGAGUUAAGACAUCAUUUAUAUGUUAUCAAUAUUUAACAUCAAUCUUAAGCUUGGCGUUAUCUAUAGCUUCAUUGUAAUAUUUUUUGUGUUUUUGUUCUUUCUUUUCCUUUACAAUUUCUCAGUUUCAUCAGUUCUAAUUCCCCCUACCCAUAACCACAGCUCCUUGAUAAAGACCAGGAGAGAUAUCGUUUGAGCCAUGCACGUUAUUUUGUGGCCUUUAUUUGCAAAAGUAAUGCUGAAGUUGAAGUAUCUGAUGAAUAUUUUGAUAUACCCUAUUGAGGCGAAGGUAUCAUAUUUGUGUUUUAGAUAUUUACGGAUUUAAAGGACAUGUGUUAGUCAUUGUAAUCUAGUUUUACAUUGACAUCCAAUAAAACGGUGAUUACAGUAUCGUAUUGGCAUCUUCCGAAACCAUUUUGCCGUGGCCGUUUUUGCAGUCGCGGACCGUUUUUUAAAACCCUGGAUGUUAGUGUAAAACUAUUAUAUAUUGACAGUAUAUGCUCAUUAAACUCAUAUUCUUUUGCAUGGUCAAUUUAGAGACAACAUUGUUUGAGCUAUCAUUUGCUACUGAGUGUUCUCUAGGUGUAGGAUCUGAGUACGUGAUCCUCAAUUUUUAACUGCUGCAGCUUAUGUGCCUUUAUUUUCCUGAGUUUAUGUGUUAAUUUGUUGCUAAGUAUCCUGUUUCCUCUGAACUCGAGUGCCCCUCGUUGGAGUUGCUUUUUGUUGUUGAACCUGAGAGGUGUCCAUUUGUUGACAUAGGCUGACCUGUUCUUGCUGGUGUGCAUUAGUUGGCUUCAUUCCCUUAGCUUGAGUGACAGGGUUUUGCAUUGUGUCCUGUUUCCUCUGAAAUGGGAGAGGUGUUUAUUUGUUGACUUAGGCUGACCUGUUCUUGCUGGUGUGCAUUAGUUGGCUUCAUCCCCUUAGCUUGAGUGACAGGGUUUUGCAUUGUGUCCUGUUUCCUCUGAAAUGGAGUGUCCAUGAUUUGAAUUGCAUUUUGAUGCUAAACCUUAGUUUAAUCCACUUGUUGAAUCAUGUUCGAAUGUUCUUGCUGCUUGAGUGCAUUAGUUGAGUUCAUUCCAUUAGCUUGGUAAUCAUUUUGCUACCUGGUGUCCUUGUUUCUAUUAGCUGAAAUGUCCUGCAUUUGAGGUGAUAUUUGAUGUUAAACCUGCAUUGCUUCCCGUUGCAUUGCAGGUGAUGUUUGACUUCUGCUUCCUAUUUGUUUUUGUGCCUUCAUUUCCAUAGAUGAUUCUAGAUACUGAGAUUUUGUGCAAUGAUCACCCAUUAUAACUUGUUGUUGCUUCUGUGUCUUUAUGGCAUGAAUUGAUUUCAGAUGUUGGUGCUGUUGAAUUGGUUCAAUCAUUUGGUAAUUUAAUUCAAUACUCAUACAUGAGAAUUUUUAUUACUAAUGUAUGAUUAAAUUAAAGAAUCAGAUACACUGUCAUAAUUUAACAGCGUCUUAUACCAAAGUAGUAUGAAAAUUUUAUAUGCAUUUGUGCACUAUUGAAUUAAAGUGUAGCUUAGAAGCUUUGUAGCCUAUAGAGACAUUAUGCUUAUGUGCUUAAUUUUCUAUUAUAUGACAUAAAGUGAUUAAAUUAAAUACAACAUGGCAUCACUGAGUGUUGAAGAUUUCAGUAAUGAUAUAGCAUUUUAAUUAGAGUAUUGGAGAGAAGAAAAUUAAUACCUUUUGUAAAAGCAUUUUAAUUAGUUAAGAGAUCAAUUCCUUACCAAUCUGCCAAAAGAAAGUUAUGCUUAAAAGAAUUCAUCCCCAUGUAUGCAUAUUUUAGGAUAUAUGUUCAGUGACUACAAUUAUAUAAGCUACAACAAUCAGUUUCGAUACUGAUGUAUACUGAUGUAUGUUUAUUUAGUAGAUUUAUACUGAUGUAUCAUGUAUGCACACAUUAUACUGAUGUACAACAAUUAUAUAUUUUAGGAUAUAUGUUUAUUUAGUAGAUUUAUACUGAUGUAUGCACACAUUAAUGUGGAUGCUUUUGUUACAAAAUUUGUCUUCUUAGAACUCAAUCAAGUGUAGAUAUCUUCUCUUGGAGUAUAAGCUAAAGAACAACACAGAGAAAUGGUUCCUGUCAUUCCUUCCAAUGAAAAAUAGGCUCAAGAGAGUUGAAGGUUUGAAUGCAUUGGGGCUAGUUGUUGCAGCUGUAAUGUCAGUUAUUUAUAUAAGCUAUCAUUUAUAACAUAGCCAGCAUAUGUUAAUCUUGACGAUGAAGAAGACUUUACAAGUUGAAGGAGUUUCAAAACACCCUAGUUCGAUUGAAUUUUAUUUUGCAAAAUGAGUGUUGGUUGGUGGUAACCUUUUUGUUUGAAAGUUGUAAUUAGAUACUAUACCUCUUAGUAGUUGAGUAAUUUAUAACUUUGAUUUGUAUUGAUUUACGUUUUUGAUUGUCAAAGUAAAAUAAAAUAAUGAUUGUUUUUAGAAAAAAAUCAUCUAAAACUUCAUAUUAGAAAAAUGUUUAUCAACAAAAAAUAUGCUCAAAAGAAAUUUAAAAUAAUUUUUUAUUAAAAAAAAUUCAAAAACUAGCUUAUUAUAGUUUGGUUUGGUUUUCACACUGAAGGAUAACCUUUUAUGCUAGUAAGUGUAUGAAAAUCUAACAUAACUCUUAAUUAUAAAGUACAACUAUAUCCUAAAAUUAAAAGAAAAUCUUAAAAUUACAUAAGACUAUUAGACAUUUAGACCAGUAAGCCAGUGUUUGAGUGCUUAAAUUCACGAGUCAGUAUUGGUGGUGAAUGAAAAAUUAAUACAAAAUAGAAGUUUGUAAUCUUGUUUUUUCAAUUCAAAUGAUUAAAACAAAAAUCACUACUGUCUCAUCAAUAAGUUGCCACUGUUAAGCUGCUGGAAAAAUUUGCCACUGGAGUAGCAUCUAAUACUUCUUUUACUUAAGCUUGAAUAUUUUUGCUAAAAUCAAAGAAGAACUUUGGUCAAAAAAAAAAAUCAAAGAAGAACUGACAAAGAAGAACACAACAUCAACAAUUUGAGAAAACAAACUAUUAAAUGUAACAAUGGUAUCGAACAUCAACCAUGCCUUCCAAAGACAUCAAACACACUUUCUUCAACAGAAUCAGCACAUGAGAAAUAAAACAAACUCAUAAGCUAAUAAAAAACAGAGAAUCAAUCAACCAAAAUACAGAGCCAUUUGAACAUCCUUCUGCUUAAACCCACACUUCUCAUAAAACACCGCAUUCUCAACCGUGCAAUCAAGAAUAACCUUAUAGCACCCAACAGAACGAGCAUGCUCAGUGAGAAACUCAACCACUUUCUUCCCCAAUUGCUUCCCACGAGCACUCGAAUCAACAACAACAUCUUCAAUAUGCCCAACUUUACCACAAUUCCUUAUAAAUUUCUUCUCAAUAAACACACACCCCGUCGCAAUUAUCUUUCCAGUAACAUCAUCUUCAAUAACACCAAUAACAUGAUCAUCUCCAAGCGAAUCAACCUCGCGAAAUCGAUCCUCGAAUUCCUUCUCAGAAACUGAAUCGCAAACUGUAAGCUGUUGCAGUAACUCUAUGAAUCCUUUUUUCUUAUCUGUAAUCUCUAAUCUUCGGAUUCUAAACUUUUGUUCAUCACUGUUUUGCAUCUUCUUCUCUAAUAAAUAAAAAUCAAAGAAAGUUGAAAUUUAAAAUUAAAAUUAAAAAAAAUAUGAAAAUCGCAUGCAAUGUUUAGGAUUUACAGUU